AUGAUUCAGAAAGGGGAUAGAUCCAGGCUGGAUGCUGAGAUACUGAAGCAGCUACUUAAACUGCUACCUGAAGACCAUGAGAUAAAUAGCCUGCAAUCUUGCAAAGAAGAAAAACCAGAACUAGCAAAUGCAGAUCGGUUUUAUCUCCAUCUUUUGGAAGUUCCUAGCUACCAGUUGCGGAUUGAAUGUAUGCUGAUUUGUGAGGAAACAAAAAUUCUGCUGGAGUGCCUGUGGCCAAAAGCACAAGCCAUCAGGACAGCCUGUGAAACACUUCUUACCAGUCACCGACUGCCAGUUUUCUGUCAAUUGAUUCUUAAAGUUGGAAACUUUCUGAACUAUGGGCAUCACACUGGAGAUGCUGGAGGUUUUAAAAUUAGUGCCUUGCUCAGACUAACAGAAACAAAAGCAAACCAAAGCCACAUUACUCUGCUUCAUCAUAUUUUGGAGGAGGUUGAAAAAAACCACACAGAUCUGCUGCAGCUUCCCAGAGAUCUUGACUUUGUUUCCAAGGCAGCAGGAAUCCACUUAGACGUUAUGCGGGCUGAGGCAAGUGCCAAUUUGAAGAAACUGUUGGAAAUAGAGAAGCGUUUAUUUUUGUCAACAGACGAUUUAAAAAUACAGCAUGCAAAAUCUGUUCAAGGCAGUCUCGAUGCUUCAAAGGACCUGCAGAAGGAGUUUGCCACCAUUGAAAAGAAGAAGGAAGAACUUGCUGAUUAUCUUUGUGAAGACCGAAAAAAAUUGUCUUUGGAAGAUGUAUUUAGCACAAUGAAAACCUUCAGACAGCUCUUCCUCAAGGCCUUACAGGAAAAUCAAGAAAGGAAGGAGCAAGCUGCAAAGUCUGAGAAAAGGAAGAAACAGCUUAAAGGAGAAGAUGCAAAGAGGCUAAAGGGAGAGCAUGGAAAGAGCAGUACAUUUAACAAAAAUUGAUUCUGGUUGUAUUAGCUAGUCUUUUGUUAAUUAGGAGGAAAUUAUCUGUUUAGCUGUGGCUGAUCUGAUACAAUGAGAGUGAUUUAGCUAUGGAUGAUGUAGUUGUCAAGCUGACAGUAUAGUGAGACAUCAAUUUUCAAGUGCAUAUGAAUGCUUGGAAGAACUCAUGA